AUGAUCUUCCCACAGUAUAACCAGCCACUCUGCUUGGAGCAGCUGGAUGCAGAGGCAAACCUAAGCUGGGGUGUAGUGGCUUCCUGGAUCCUCAGCAGCCAUGAUAACAGGGCUUCUUCUUUUGCCAGGAUGUUUGUCCAGGUAUGCCUGUACUUCUACUGCAAAUGUUUGUGGCGGUGCCUGAAAUUCGUGGUCAGGAAACUAACAGGUCGAUGUGAAUUGCAAAGGAUCUGUUACAAUACCAAACCUGGAGCUGCCAGAACUAUGAAAAUAGAGGCAUCACUGAAAGGUUCAAAAAGUAAGAGGCUGCAAACUUCAGUAAGUGUUCACCCUGAUGCUAUUGAAAAAACUAUAGAUGACAUCAUGGAGCUGAAAAGGAUUAAUCCAGAUAUAAAUCCACAGCUGGGAGUAUCUCUUCAGGCAUGCCUGCUACAGAUUGUGGGGUACAGAAAUCUGAUUGCAGAGGUUGAAAAGCUGCGCAGAGAGCCGUACGAUUCGGAGAAUCUGCAACAUGAGGAAAUGCUUCUGAAGUUGUGGAAAUGCUUGAAGCCCAAUUCGCCACUGAAAGCUCGGAUUUCGAAGCAGUGGUGUGAAAUUGGUUUCCAAGGUGACGAUCCUAAAACAGACUUUAGAGGGAUGGGUCUCCUGGGCUUAUACAACUUGGUGUAUUUUGCUGAAUGGGACACUGAGAUAGCUCAGCAAGUUCUCUCUGAUUCUCUUCAGCCUAAAUACAGGGAAGUCACUAAGAAGGAACUAAGCCAAUUCAGCAAAGCCGAAUGGGAGAAGAAAAAGUUUGAUAAGGCAAUCGGUUAUUCUUUUGCUAUCGUGGGCAUUAACAUAACAGACCUCGCAUACAACCUGCUUGUGAGUGGAGCUCUGAAGACCCAUUUCUACAAUGUUGCUCCAGAAGCACCAACACUAACUCACUUUCAGCAGACAUUCU